AUGGCAGACAUGAUGAAGGGUCCGUCGGAGGUGACGGAUUUUCGUGACAGCGUUGAGUUGGCAAACGCGGUUGCUGUAAAUGAAAAACAUGGCACUCAGGGCGAUGAGCUUGACAUGGAUCGUAUGGGCAAGGUUCAGGUAUUAAGGCGGCAAUUCAAAUUCCUAUCGAUAUUCGGUUUCACAGUGAUUCUUGGCAACAGUUGGGAAUAUGCUUUGAUUGGUAUCGGUAUAUCUCUCUUCAAUGGCGGCCCAGCUGGCGGAAUCUGGAUGCUCGUCUUAGUGUGUUUUGGAAUGUUCUUCGUCAUGCUUUCGUUUGCUGAGAUGGUAUCGAUGGCCCCGACAGCUGGUGGCCAGUACCACUGGGUCUCUGAGCUGGCCCCUAGGAAGCACCAAAAGUUGCUCAGCUAUAUCGUUGGCUGGCUUUGUGUUAUUGGGUGGCAGGUGGGUAUGGCUGCUACAGCCUACGCAGUGGCCUCACAAAUCCAAGGCCUGAUUGCGUUGAACGUGCCAACCUACGUUGUCACAGGCUGGCAUGGCACCCUCCUCUCCAUUGGCAUUACCAUCAUCUCGAUCGUAUGCAACACCAUCCUUGUGAGAAAGCUUCCUCUGAUGGAAGGCAUUGCACUGGUUCUCCAUGUCCUUGGUUUUUUCGCCUUUCUUGUCGUGUUAUGGGUUAUGGGCCCACGCUCCGACAGGGUGUGGACCAAAUUCGAAGAUCCUAGCGGCUGGGGCAAUACUGGCCUUGCUACCCUCGUCGGCAUGCUUGGCCCUAUGCUUACUAUAGGAAGUGCUGACUUGGUCGUCCAUCUAGCGGAAGAAGUAAAGGAUGCUGCAUGGGUAUCGCCUCGGGCUAUGGUGGCGACAUCUAUAGUAAACUAUACCUUGGCCUUUGUGAUGACGGUCACAAUCUUCUCCACACUAGGCAACGACCUCUCGACAAUUCUCUCGACUCCGCUUGGUCAACCGUGGAUCCAGAUCUUGCUGAAUGCGACCGAGUCAAAGGCAGCUACCAAUCUCAUGACAGUGGCUGUGAUCCUGCUGCUUUUGUUCUGUUCGGUCAAUCAAGUAACUGCCGCGUCACGCCAGCUGUGGUCCUUUGCGCGCGAUGAAGGGCUUCCGUUCUCAGCAUGGCUUGCUCACGUGCCUCCGGGCUGGGACAUUCCAGUCAAUGCGGUGAUCGUCACGCUACUGAACUCGUCGUUGCUCUGCCUUAUUAUCAUUGGAUCAACAAUUGCUUUCAACAUCAUCAUGGCGCUAUCGGGCAUUGCCAUUUGCUUUUCCAAUCUUAUCGUCAUCGGCUGCAUGUUCUGGAAACGGUUUCGGGGAGAACCCCUUCUUCCAUCUCGGUUCGAUCUCGGAAAAUGGGGUAUGGUUAUCAAUGCAGUGGGCAUGUGCUAUCUUUCCAUUGCAAUGGUGUUUAGCGCCUUUCCUGCAGUACCGAAUCCGUCGCCGAUUGAGAUGAACUGGUCCAGCCCCAUUUUUGGCUGCUUGGUCGUCUUCUCAAUGAGCUACUAUUACGUUGUUGGAAGGCACAACUACAAAGGCCCUGUCGAGUAUGUCAAGAGAGAUGUGUAG